AUUAUCCUCAGGACAAAUACAGUUAGAUAAUAUAUUAAAACUCCUGGAUAAAAGAACAGAUACAAUGUUUUGCUACAAAUGAAUCUCUCAUACAAUGUGAGAAGCCAUUUCAAUAAUCUGGACCAAGUGUGGGAUGGCUGAGAGUGUACACACAAUGGAGGACUCUGAUGAGGAGAAUUUCUACGAUGCAUCUGAUUCCUUCCUUGAUCUUUACUGUGAAGGAGGAGAGCACACUUCACCAACGCCACAGUCUGAAUAUGUUCCUCCACCAGGAGAAGUAACAGUUCUCAAUGCUGGCCAGGAGACUGUUUCUCUUGGCUUACAACUCACUAAUUACUCUGUUGGGUACAGACUGCAAAUAGAUUACUCCUGUGACACACAGAGAGGCAGUUUGAUCUCACAGGACUCCAGCACUGUGAAGGUUGAGGGACUGCAUCCUGGGACUGAGUAUACUUUCAGCAUCAUAAGGAUUGCAGACAAUGGAAAUCAAAGCAAAGCAACUUCGCUUUGUGUCUUCACAGAGCCCUGUCCUCCUGUGCAGAUAACAGUCGAUCACGUCAGCAGUGAGUCACUGUCUCUGAGAUGGGACACUCCUCCUGGCAAAGUGGGAAGUUACAUUGUGACUUGUAGCAGUGAGGGAGAGAUUGUGCAGGAGAUGACAACGGACAUAAACAACCUGACUCUCAGCAAGCUGAAGCCAGGAGCGUGUUACUCUCUCCAAGUUUCUGCAAAGCUUAGAAGUGGAAGAAUAAGCAAGCCAGCCAUAACAUCUGCCCACACAAAGACAGACCUAGAGAGCUUAAUGGAGGAUCUGGGGUUGGAGCACCACUACACCCUGUGCACAAUUCUUCAGAUUGACCAGAAGACCAUUUCUGAUGAACCUGCCAAGUGUAAUUCAGAUCUUCCAUGGUAUUUUCUAAAGAAAUUGAUGAUGGUAAAUGCGACUGCUAGAAAUGUGAAAUGUACAUCAGAAUGUGAAUCAAACUGUGAAGAUCUGUCAGGAAAUAUGGAGUUAAAUCUUCAUAAUCUGGUGAAUAGUACAGAUUCAGGUGACAUGCUAAACCCCCUUGACAUAAUCACUGCUCUCUUUCUGUGUUCUGAUGGUUUUGUACGGCAGGAAAUGGCUCUGAAAAUGUCUAUGUGUCAGUUUUCUGUGCCUCUGCUGCUUCCUAAUUGUGACACAAAGCAGUGCACACUCAUGCUUUGGGCCAUGAGAGACCUUGUGAAAAAGUACAGACCUCAGAAACUGUUAGAAUCCAAGGGUUUUAUUGAAGACAGGAUUGUUGUCUCUGAACUUCCAAUGAUAUCUUUUGUGAGACUGGGUGAGUGCUCCUUAUCCAAGUCUGAGACCCUCAAUAAGCUUCUCAGCAAUUCUCAGCAGUACCAUGACACAUUUAUUCAUCGUAACAUGGAGUGUGGUGACAGUUCAAGGAGAAUAUCCAAUGGAUUGACUGAAGUUACUUGGUACCUUCCUUGUGGAAACAAAAACAUGGAUAUUUUCAGUGAGCCAGUAGCUGUAGCUAACCUUCGUGGGGACAUUGCUUCAUUUGAAACACAGUUUUCUUUUUUGUGUCAGACAUCUGCAGCAGUGUUUGUGUUCUCUGACAAUUUGGACUCUGAGUGCGAGCUGCUUAUCAACCAACACCACAAGGCACAGAUCUUCUUAGUGGGCAACCAUCAAAGCCAGAGCUUCAGUUUAGAUGCUCUUACUAGGUUAGCGAGAAAGUUGGGCUUGACUAACAGCAACAUCCUUUUGAAGGCUAAGCACAUAAAUGAUGCACACUUCAUCAAACUUCUGCAGAAAACAGUCAGCAAUGUAGUUGAGAACACAAAGAUGAAGAUAGGGAUUGAGCAGAUGGCUGACAUUGCCCAUGAAUUAGGUAUCUUGGUGGAUGAGGACUGUGCAGAGUGCCAAACUGCCAAGAAAAAUGCAGAUGCCAUCACUGCAGAAAUUCAAGACACCCUUAAAUACAAAGAAGCUCAGCUUCCCUUGCAGGGCCAAAUAUGGAAGGAACUGACUGUCUUAGAGAAGGAAGAAUUUCGCCUUCGAAAGGCUGGGUCUGAAAACAUAGAAAAGUACAAAAGUGAUCUUCAGAUACAGAAAAUAAAACUUCGGGAAAAACAGAACUCUUAUGACAUGUCAAAUGCUAUGACAUGUUUCAUCAACGCAAUAUCAAGCCCAGGGAUAGAGAGGAGCUAUUUCCUGAAAUGGAUGCGAAUUAACCUCGAUAACCUGUCUCGAGAAAAACUGUCUGGCCUCAGGGAGCAGUACAAAAAGAAAUGCGAAAAUUCUGAAAACAAAGAGGAGAUCAAAGAAAUUGACAGACAACUUUCCAACAGCUCACUGGGGACUGAACACUUCUUCCGUGAAAUGGGUCAGAUCUAUGAAGCUUCACUUUCCCUUUCAGAAACAGACCCAUCACGUCAACAAUUACAGCAUCUUCCCAAACUAUGUGCUGAAUUGUUGCUUGAUGGAUUUCCCCUUGAGCUUGUAGAUGGAGAUGCAUCCAACAUACCUCUCAGAUGGGUGAGUGACGUUCUCUCUCAGCUCAAUGACUUGGUGUCUCCUAAGAGCAAGAUACUGGUAGUCACAGUUCUUGGAGUUCAGAGCACAGGAAAGUCCACUCUCCUCAACACCAUGUUUGGAGUGCAGUUUGCAGUCAGCAGUGGUCGAUGCACUCGAGGUGCGUUUAUGUUGCUGAUCAGAAUCAAUGAAGAUGUCAAAAAAGAACUCAACUGUGACUUCAUGGUGAUCAUUGACACUGAGGGCUUAAAGUCACCAGAGCUUGCACAACUGGACAAUAGCCAUGAGCACGACAACGAGCUUGCAACACUUGUUGUUGGGCUGAGUGAUAUCACCAUCAUCAAUAUUGCAAUGGAGAAUUCAACAGAAAUGAAGGAUAUCCUACAAAUAGUUGUGCAUGCUUUUCUCAGGAUGAAAGAGGUGGGCAAAAAGCCCAAAUGUCAGUUUGUUCACCAGAAUGUGUCAGAUGUUUCAGCCCAUGACAAGAACUUACGAGACAGGAAACUGCUCUUGCAGCAGCUAAACGAGAUGACCCAGGCAGCAGCCAAGAUGGAAAAGAAAGAGGAGAACAAGAGCUUCACUGAUGUGAUGGAGUACAGUCCCGACACUGGGAACUGGUACAUUCCUGGACUCUGGAAUGGAAACCCACCAAUGGCACCAGUCAAUGCAGGGUACAGUGAGGCCGUUUAUGAGCUCAAGAAGAACAUCAAAAUUGACAGACAACUUUCCAACAGCUCACUGGGGACUGAACACUUCUUCCGUGAAAUGGGUCAGAUCUAUGAAGCUUCAGUUUCCCUUCCAAAGAGACACGUGUCACAUCAACAAUUACAGCAUCUGCCCAAACUAUGUGCUGAAUUGUUGCUUGAUGGAUUUCCCCUUGAGCUUGUAGAUGGAGAUGCAUCCAACAUACCUCUCAGAUGGGUGAGUGACGUUCUCUCUCAGCUCAAUGACUUGGUGUCUCCUAAGAGCAAGAUACUGGUAGUCACAGUUCUUGGAGUUCAGAGCACAGGAAAGUCCACUCUCCUCAACACCAUGUUUGGAGUGCAGUUUGCAGUCAGCAGUGGUCGAUGCACUCGAGGUGCGUUUAUGUUGCUGAUCAGAAUCAAUGAAGAUGUCAAAAAAGAACUCAACUGUGACUUCAUGGUGAUCAUUGACACUGAGGGCUUAAAGUCACCAGAGCUUGCACAACUGGACAAUAGCCAUGAGCACGACAACGAGCUUGCAACACUUGUUGUUGGGCUGAGUGAUAUCACCAUCAUCAAUAUUGCAAUGGAGAAUUCAACAGAAAUGAAGGACAUCCUACAAAUAGUUGUGCAUGCUUUUCUCAGGAUGAAAGAGGUGGGCAAAAAGCCCAAAUGUCAGUUUGUUCACCAGAAUGUGUCAGAUGUUUCAGCCCAUGACAAGAACUUACGAGACAGGAAACUGCUCUUGCAGCAGCUAAACGAGAUGACCCAGGCAGCAGCCAAGAUGGAAAAGAAAGAGGAGAACAAGAGCUUCACUGAUGUGAUGGAGUACAGUCCCGACACUGGGAACUGGUACAUUCCUGGACUCUGGAAUGGAAACCCACCAAUGGCACCAGUCAAUGCAGGGUACAGUGAGGCCGUUUAUGAGCUCAAGAAGAACAUCAUCCAAAUUCUGGGAAGGUGUGAGUCAUCUGCUAAUAAUAUCUCAGAGUUUACAGAGUGGAUGGAAAGCCUGUGGAAUGCAGUAAAGCAUGAAAACUUCAUCUUCAGCUUCAGAAACAGCCUAGUGGCUGAUGCAUACAUGAGGCUGUGCACAGAGUUCAACAAAUGGGAAUGGGAAUUCAAAAAAGAAAUGUACACAUGGGUUACAAAAGCUGAAACAAGAAUUUCUAAUUUCGGCACAGUUGCUGUGAAAUCUGAGAUAUCUGACAUGUCAGAACUUCUUACUAGUUUGAAAAGUGAAGCUUGCACAGAGCUGACUAAAUGGGAGACAAAGCUACUUGAAAAUUUAAAACAGUACUUCAGGCAAACAGAGGGUCAUGUGUAUCUAGUUGAAAGAUACAGGGAGGAAUUCUCAAGCAGUGCAAAGAGCCUUCGUCGAGAAAUGGAGAGCUCUGUAUACAAUCAGCUCACAGCAGCAGCUGACAUCAGACAGGGAAUGACAGAACUUGACAGAAUCAAGGAGAACCACACAAAAGAAUUAGAGGGAGGUGUGCAUCGACUGAUUAAGGAAUGUCGAGGGAAAAAAUUCCAGAUGACAGACAAAGAGCUAGACAAAGAAUUUGAUAAGAUGUGGAAUAAAACAGUAAAGGAACUAUCUUUUUCUAAACAAAAGCCCAAAAGUGUUUUUACAAGUGUGUCCCACUAUCUAAGAGAAAAUCUAUCACGUAAGGGGAGUCAUGCAUGUGAAUUAUUAAGUCAAAAAAGACUGAAAGAUUGUGGACUGAUGCCUUUCAAAUAUACAGCGGAAGAAUUUUGCAACCAGUUAAAACACAAAGCUUCCAAGCUCUUUAUUAAUGAUCAUGUAAUGGCUUCACAGAACAUGGCUGACAGCAUCAUAGAUGCUUGCACACAGUUUGUGACUGAAAAAAUGGAAAGGAAAAACAAUUACCAUGACACUUACAUCCAGGAGAUCCUACACAUGAUUGAUGAGCGGCUGCAGAACAGUCAGAGUGUUAAGAUAGACACUGAGUUUGAAGUUUCUCUAAAACAGCACAUCUGUGGAGUUGCAGCCAGACAGUUUCAGAAAAUGCAUGAAGAUAUCAUACGUGCUAAUGAUCCCUAUAGAUGUGUUAAUCGGAACAAAGAAAAGUUUCGUGUUGAUUUCAAAGACUUGUUCCAUGAACGAGACCAGUGCCAGAAGAAGGCAGAAGAAUUCACAAACUGCUGCUUGAGGCCUGCAGUCGAAGACUUUGUCAACCGUUCAUUGGGUCCUGAUAUUACUGGUGAAAUGCUGACAAGGUUCCAGUUCAGCACACGAAUGUUCUUCCAGUAUUCAGUUUUACUGGAUUUGCUCUCAAAGGAUGACUUUGAAAACUAUAAGAGCUACAUUUGCUCAUAUGAGGAUCAUGUCAAGAAAUGGACACACAAACAAAUAGAGGAACACUUUUCAAAGGGUGAUAAAGUUUUUGAGUUUGAGGAUCGACAUGUUCUGUCAAGUAUCAGCAGCAUAAAUGAUGCUAUCAACAAAGCUAAAACAGAAAAGAUUAGUAACGUGAAGACAUUCAUUCAAGAUGUCUGUCAAGAACUUGGUGAUAAACUCGUCAUUUCCCAGGAUGCUCUUGGUGCUUUCAUGAUCCUGAACAAUGCCGACCAGGAACAGUUUGCUCACUGGCUCACUGAGUGUGUGAAGGACAUGGCACAGGCUCUUAGAGAGAAGUUUAAAACAGAAACCAUCCAAAUGAAACUGAAAAAUCUUCAUGUGAAGCCCCAGAACGAGCUUUUCACCCAGGUGAUUGGAUGUGGGCAACAGUGUCCAUUCUGCAAAGCUCCUUGUGAUGCAGGAGCUUGUAAACAUGGAGAGCACUUUGCUAAACUACAUCGGCCAGAGGGUCUGGGUAGAUUCAGGUGGGAGCGGACAGAAAAACUUGUCAUUGACAUAUGCUCGUCCUUGGUGAACAGUGAGGCACGUUUUCGCUGUGAUGCUACAAAAGGUGAAUAUCACCCUUACAAGGACUACAGAGAUAUUUUCCCAGACUGGAUAAUCCAGUCAGAUGUAAGUUUAGAGGCGUCAGACUACUGGAAAUAUGUACUGGCAAAGUUCAACAAGGAGUUUGCUGAAGCAUAUAAUGCAGAGCCUGCUGAUAUUCCUGAAAUUUGGAAAACAAUCACACAUAAACAAGCAGAAGCGAGCCUCAAAGAGUCGUUUAACAUCAAGUGAGAGAAGACAUGCUUUGUGGUUACAGAGGUGCACAUGUUCCUCAAUACAUUCAGAAGACAAUCACAAGUUGUAACAUGGUUAAAGAUAUUAUCAGUAGACACAUGUUUUAUCACUGCAGCUUACAAAACUAUAAGAAAAUCACUCCAAUUAGUCCUCCCCUUAACUUGAUAUCACAUUUAACAUGUUUAUUAAAAAUAAUCUGCUUUACCUGUAAGUGUUUACUACAUUUUAAAAUACUUUCUUUAAUGUACAUGUUAGGAGCAAGUUAGAAACAUACCAAAUGUUUCCAAUUUGAUUAAAUCUGAUUUUGAAUUCAUCAAUUUUGUGUGACAGAUGAAGUCACUUCGAAAAUGUACAGUUAAUCAAAGUAGUAGUAGUAAAGCGAUUUUUUCUUUUAUCAUAUACGAUCUGAUAUGAAAUCUUUUAUUGAUUGUUUUUGUGAAGUAUCUGAUGUCACAUAUUUACAUUUUAUUUUAAUAGGAUAGGCGAUUGUUUGCUUGGAAUUCACAAUCUGUUUUUGUUUCUGUGAAGUACCUGAUGCAAAAUAUUGUAUGAAAUGUAUUAAAAGAUCAUUCAGUCUGAAUGUCAACAUGUAGGCUACACAUGAGCGACACAUUUUUAUUCUUAUCUAAUUGAGUAUAAAACGUAAUUUUCUUAAUUCAGAAUUUACGAUGUCUGUUUAUUUAGUAUCUGAUGCCAAAUAUUUACCGUUUAUAAAGGAUCAUUCAUUAAAUAUGUGGUGUUGUCAACAUGUACACAUUACUUCCUUGUGUUAACUGAUUCAAUAAAGAGACAAAAUCAGCA